UCAUCCCUUGAUCAAGCAAUGGCAAAAAUCGCGUAAAGUACUUAAACGUCACAGGAAUGGCUGAUCUCCAAUGUUGUGCGCCAGAUUUGCCUAAAUGUUGACAAUAGUUGAUUGGACGGAAAGUGUGUUGGGUGGAAGCUGGUUGAACUGGUGGUGUUUUUUUGGUGUUUUGUGCAUUAUUAGGCAGCUUUUCGAUAAUUUUCAAGCCUAGAUUUAAAAAUUCAUUGCGUUUCCUAUCAGCGUCGCGGCGAUGCUGCCGAUCUGAGCGCGCUGUGACCGGCCGACCGCCAUGGGUCAGGCGCCCAGCUCGGUGCCCUCGGGUCUGCACCUGCAGCACGGGCAGCUCUCCGCCGCAGCAGCUGCAGCCUCGGGGCCGUACGCGCCCCAGUACCACGUCAAGGCGAGCGCCAGUGGCAGCGUCCUGACGCCCGCCUACCAGAAACGGCACAGUCGAGACAAGAAGAAGAUUGGUGGGUUUGCCACGCUGAGGCGGCGCCUCGGCCGGCGGCGGAGGCACCACAAAACGCAGGACCAUGCCAAGGUGAUUCGUGAGUACAUCUGCGACUGGCCGGCGCGGGAUGUGCGCGCUCUGAACGAGGAAUACCGAGCGCUCGGUCUGAUGAAGGAGCUGACGGCGGCCGCGGCGGCCGCGCGCCCGCUGGCCUCCUCGUGUCAGCAGGAUCUGUGCGAGCUCUACCAGAGCCGAUACUGCGCCGAUGUGGACCUGGUGUACCAGGGCUGCGUGUUCUCAGUGCACAGGUCCAUCCUCUCAGCGCGCUGCCCCUACUUCCGUAAGCUGCUGAAGGACCAGCCGCGGCCGGGCGCGCCGGUGCCAGUCCGGAUCCGCACGGCCGGGGUCGAUCCGGAGCUGCUGAACGCCCUGCUGCAGUACCUCUACUGCGGCGAGCUCAACUGCUCGGGCCUGCUGACGGCCGGCGCCGGCCGCCGCCGACAGCUCGACAUCCUCGUCCAGCUGGAGGCCGAGUUCGGAGCCCCGGCGCCGCUCGAGCGCGACAUGAAGUACCUGCUGGAGACGGCCGACCUGGCCGACGCCCUGCUCGUGUUCCGACCGGCCGGCUCCGGCGGCGACGCGCACCCGCACAGCUUCGAGCUGCCCUGCCACAAAGCCGUGCUAAGCGCGCGCAGUCCGUUCUUCAAAGCGUUCAUCGACCGACGCAUGAAACUCACCGAGGCGGGAGGAGAGCGAGCGCGAGGCAAGGCGCCGAUCCGUAUUGAGCUCGAUGAGUCGGUGCUGCCCCGCCGGUACGCCUACGUGCUUCUGCGGAUCAUGUACAUGGACACAGUGGAUCUGAGCCUGAUCCUACACAGCAGCACCGAGCCCAGCGUGUGCCGCCCCAUCAGUCUGGUGGACGAAGCCAUCGAGCUGUAUCAGAUCGGCCGGUUCGUGGAGCUGGACGUGCUGACCCAGGCCAGCGAGGAUCUGAUCCUGGAGGCGCUGUGCGUGGAGAGCCUGCCGCGUAUCCUGCGCUGGUCAGCCGAGCCGCACGGGUCGCAGUGGGUCCACAGACAGGCGCUGCAGUUUCUCAGCGAGGAGUUCAGCGCCGUCAUCUGCACGCCGUCUCUGACGGAGCUGACGCUGCCGCAGCUCACAGCGGCCGUCAGUUCAGACUUUGUGCAGGCCAGCGAACUGGAGAUCCUGCAGGGCAUCAUACGCUGGAGCGAACACCAGCUGGUCAAACGUAUGGAGGAGCGAGAGCCGAACCUGCUGUCUCACACGGCCCACUCGGUGACCAAGAAGGGCGUGAAGCGUCGCGAGCUGAACGACGCCGAGCUGCGCGAGGUGAUGGCGCCCCUGCUGGCCCACCUGCGACCCGAGCACCUGCUGCCCGUGGACCACGAGACGGUGACCACGGCGAUCCGGCGCGGCCUCAUCAGCAUACCACCGUCACAUAUGAUCGGAGAGGAUACCAGCAGCAGGGCGCGCUCGUGGUUCCGAGGGAAGCGGAAACGAGGGGAGUACGUGCGGCCGCGCUAUUUCCUACCCUACGUGGAGGAGGUCAAAGUCAGAGCGGCGAUGCUCGAGUCCCACCUGGGCAACGAGUACGGCACGGGCGUGUUCCACUACCAGCACAGCGUGGCGGCCAACAUCCCCGACGCGCUCUACAUGGUCGAUGACGAGGCGCGCGCGGCGGCGGCGGCGGCGGCGGCAGCGGCAGCCGCCGACGGCGACGCCUCGGGAGGGGAGGAGGACGUACCGGUGGCGCCGCGCGCCGACAUCCUCUCGGCAAUGCUGCAGCGGCAGCGGGAGCUCCAGUCGUCGGGCCUGUACCAGCGGGCCAGCACGUGUCUGCUGCUGACACCGGCCCGCGUCCGACGGCAGAUCGGGCUGCAGGUGGUCCGGGAGUACGGACUGCCCGACUGCAUGGUGCGGGUACUGCAGGCGGCCAGCCGCCGGAGCGAGGGUCAGUUGACGGUGACGCAGGCCGCCAGCCGGUGGCGCUCCACCAACGACCUGCCGCGACACUGCCUCAUCGCCUUCCCCGAGCCGGAGCCCGCACAGUUCCGCACACUGGAUCUGGAGGCGCUGAACCUGCGCGGCGCCGCAGACGAGAGCCGCCUCUCCACGAUGCCGGACGUGGCGCUGGCCACGGGCACCCUGCCGCGGCAGCGCUCCCUGCGCCAGCAGCGCCAGCAGCGCGAGCUCGAGCUGGACCUGGGCGACGGCACGCGCCAUUACCAGAGCCACUGACGGCAGGCGCCGGACGUGUGCGCGUGCGCGUGCCUGCUGCAGUAGUGGCUGCAGCGGGCGCGCGCCCACCGCGCGCCGUCCGGCGGCCGUGCCGCGCCGCGCCGCGCGCGUGACGGCGCCCUCACCCGCCUCCGCCGCCUUCAUUGUAUCUAGAUCUCAUUCAUCGGAUGCGCCUUACCCGCUGCCAUAGACGACGGACCGCUGACGGACGGAGAGACUGAGAGGUGGACCGACACUGCUCAGUCCGACAGGCAGACGGAAAGACGGACUGACGAGCAGACGGACAGACGCCGGACGGUGGGUAGUUUGAGGAGUCGAGGCGCCUGGCAGACCACUGUUUGACGGAUGACGUUUUCUCCGUGAGGUGAUAUGAACACACGCUGUACCGUGAAUAUGGUGAUUGUUGUUUCGUACACGCAUGGCGUCUAUAAUUGGCUACCAUACUCAGCUAUGCGUGGAUUACCGUGGGAGCUCGGUGGUCCGGCACGGAUACGUCAGCCGACUGCUGCUCCCCAGAGAGUGCGAGUGAGAGCUAUGUACGAGUGUGUCCGAAGUUAUUUAUUGUGUGCGCUGCCCUGACCGUCUCUGGAAGUUGGCGAACCGGGCCUAGUACAAAUCAGCCAGCCUACCCUCUCCCGGCCGCUGUUCGCUCUUUCUUUCCCCUCUCUCCAAUCCCGGUCAGGCCAAAUGCUCUUUCCUGCGCGCGAAAGACACACUAUUCUCUACCUCCGCGGCGCGGCCGCGCCCGUCGAGCGGUCUCUCGUCGUAUUUUGGCCCGCGCACCGCCGCCGCCGCGUGUUACCUAUGAUUCUGAUCGGCCCCACGCCCGUUCGCCACUCGCCCCGUGCCCCCAUAUUAUGUGAUAGUGUGCAGUUUUCAUACCUAAUGCCCGUAUAACUAUACAUACACGUCUAUGUUUUUGUGGCUGAGCCGUCGCCCGCUCGGACGGGGUGACCGCCGGCCGCUGUGUGUCGAGAUCAAAUGCUAUCCUCUGAAAUGACGACCGACCAAAUAGUAGCCGUUCGUGAUGGUAUAUUCUCGGUUGUGGUCUGUAUGCGUGCGCGGGUGCCCGGCCGUUGUGUCCGGUGGCAGGCGCCACUGUCCGCGGGCUGACGGUGCCCGGCGCUGGGUGGUCGCGCCGGAGAGGUGUCGUGGUGAGUCGGUUCGAGUAUAACCCGUGUUGUGGACGCUGUCCGGCCUCUGGUUGGUGUGUGACCCGCCGGUCGGUCGGGUCACGGACCGUGUCACCCCCGUCGGCCCGUGUUUGGUACGUGUUGUGACCGGGUUGAGGACCACUGGGGCACGUGUAACGCCGGUUUGUAUCACCCUGUAUCCACUUACAGCUUGCUGUUGGUAUAUACGUUGUAGUCCUUGUACAAUUAUUGCGAUUCUAGGAUCAAUACAAUACUUAUAUUCACGUA